AUGGCGACGUCGACUCCUUCCUCUUCUGGCGACGCUCCGGAUCCCAACUCGACAAAUUUACGACCGCCAUCCUCAAGUUACGACUGGAGUGGGGUUGCACAUGGAUGCACGAGGAAACUGAGCAUGAAAAUAUGUGGGUUUCUGCAGAAGAACAAUAACUUGGAGGAGAAGAGCAGCGUGGUCUCCAAUGAACAGCCAACCUCCAAUGAGCCAGACGUGCGCUUCAGACGCGCCGAGACGGACUUCUCCAACCUCUUUGCCAGGGACCUGCUGCCGGCCAAGAACGGCGAGGAGCCCACGCUGCAGUUCCUGCUGGAGGUGGUGGAGAUCCUGACGGCCUACGUGAGGAAGACCUUCGACAGGAGCACCAAGGUGCUGGACUUCCACCACCCGCACCAGCUGCUGGAGGGCCUGGAGGGCUUCAACCUGGAGCUGUCGGAGCAGCCCGAGUCACUCGAGCAGAUACUGGUGGACUGCAGGGACACGCUGAAAUACGGAGUCAGGACGGGGCACCCACGCUUUUUCAACCAGCUAUCGUCAGGCCUGGACAUUAUCGGACUAGCGGGGGAAUGGCUAACCUCAACGGCUAACACCAACAUGUUCACGUAUGAGAUCGCUCCAGUGUUUGUGCUGAUGGAGCAGAUUACUCUGAGGAAGAUGAGGGAGAUCGUGGGCUGGCCCAACGGGGAGGGAGACGGCAUCUUCUCACCAGGGGGCGCCAUCUCCAACAUGUACAGUGUGAUGGUGGCGCGUUAUAAGCACUACCCGGACAUCAAGACCAAAGGCAUGGCCGCCGCCCCCAGACUGGUCAUCUUCACCUCGGAACACAGUCAUUACUCCAUAAAGAAAGCCAGCGCUGCGCUGGGGUUUGGGACGGAAAACCUCAUUCUUCUCAGUACAGAUGAGAGAGGGAGAGUGAUCCCAGCGGAUCUGGAGGCAAAGGUCAUUGCUGCUAAGCAGAAGGGAUACGUGCCUAUGUUUGUGAACGCCACUGCCGGCUCUACAGUGUAUGGAGCGUUUGAUCCCAUCAACGACAUCGCAGACAUCUGUGAGAAACACGACAUGUGGCUCCAUGUGGACGGCGCCUGGGGAGGGGGCUUACUCAUGUCCAGGAAACACAGACACAAACUCAGCGGCAUUGAGAGGGCCAACUCUGUGACGUGGAACCCUCAUAAGAUGAUGGGAGUGCCCCUGCAGUGCUCCGCUAUACUGGUCCGGGAGAGGGGCUUGCUGCAGGGCUGUAACUCCAUGUGUGCGGGCUACCUGUUCCAGCCUGAUAAGCAGUACGACGUCAACUAUGACACUGGGGACAAGGCCAUACAGUGCGGACGCCACGUCGACAUCUUCAAGUUCUGGCUCAUGUGGAAAGCAAAGGGUACGGAGGGUUUUGAGAGGCACAUAGACCGCUGCCUGGAGCUGUCUGAGUACCUCUACAACAAGAUCAGGAACAGAGAGGGAUACCAGAUGGUUUUCCAGGGGGAGCCGCAGCACACCAACGUGUGUUUCUGGUACAUCCCACCCAGCCUACGGGACAUGCCUGAUGGAGACGAACGCAGACAGAGAUUACACAAGGUGGCUCCUAAGAUCAAGGCGUUGAUGAUGGAGCAGGGCAGUACCAUGGUGGGCUACCAGCCUCAGGGCGACAAGGUCAACUUCUUCCGCAUGGUGGUGUCCAACGCGGCCGCCACACGCUCCGACAUCGACUUCCUCAUCGACGAGAUCGAGAGGCUGGGACACGACUUAUGAUGAGAUGCAGACACACA